AUGACUAAAAAAUUAAUUAUGCUUCUGAACCUGGUGGUUCUUCACAGCAUGUUUAUAAAUGGAAAAGCUACAUGUAAAUGGCAAUUUGUGGAAAAAUGGCAUACACAAUCCUCAUCAUCAUAUGUGGUGAACUGCCCAUUAACAAAAAACAUCUGCAUGGACCUAUAUGGAGAUUGCUGGUUUGGGGAUGUAAAUACUAAAAUGAACACUUCAGGCAAUCAAGUUGUUCCCUAGAUUUGCCCUUUGCAAAUUCAAUUAGGAGACAUCCUUAUAAUUUCUUCUGAACCAUCUCUUCAAUCUCCGGAAAUAUAUUUGAUGAAUGUUUCUGAAGCAUCAUUCAUUGACUGUCAGCAGAAUACCACAGCUAAAGAUCAAUUACUUUUUGGUUGCAAAUGGAAAGGAAUGCACACUGUUAAUUCUCAGUGGCUGAGUGUUGGGACCCAUUGUUUUAUCACAGUAAAGGCAAGCGGCCUUGCACUUUGCCAACUGGGACUUCGACUAAAUGUGAUGGUGAAAGUGAAAGAACAGUCUUGCCAGGAACAUCUGAGUUCAGAACUUUGCUCUGGGCAAUGUAAACGUCUUACUGAAGCUUGGAGCAAGACAUACAAUUGUCAUUGUGAGCCUCCAUUUUCUGGAAAAUACUGCCAGGAACUUGAUGCAUGUUCUUAUAAACCAUGUAAAAAUAAUGGCAGUUGUGUUAAUAAAAGAGAAAAAUGGAAAAAGCAAUAAUAUGAAUGUAUCUGUCACCGACCAUUUACAGGCAUAAAUUGUUCAAAAAUAAUUGGCCAUUAUCAACCACAUAUGUGUUUCCAUGGGAAUGGCAGCAAUAUUACUUCAAAUAGUUUUAUUUGUGAAUAUGAUGAAACAUUUUCAGGUCCAUUCUGUGAAGAGUCAAUGGAAUGCUGUGUUUUUCCCUGUUGUUGGAAAAGAGGAAUUUGUCAAAAUAAAAGUUCUUCUUACAUUUGUGAAUGUCCAAAUGGGUUUCUCAAUCAAGACUAUGAAAUUUAUGGCAAUCAGUGUUCAUCAAUGCCAUGUCAAAAUGGUGUUGACUGCACUGACAUUGCAAAUAUAAUUUUUAAUCUUUCCUAGGAUACCACAUGUAUCUGUUCACCAAUAUUUCCAAAUGAGCUUUGUAAGAGACUUCAAACAACACAGAAGUCAUUUCCUUGGAAGAAUAAUGUCACAUGUAUGAAAUAUGAGAAAAAUUAUCAUUGUAGUUGUAUGCCAAGAUUUACUGGAAAAAACUGUGAGAAAGUAAUUGACCACUGCAGACUGUUCAGCAACAACUGUCUGAAUGAAGGAUGGUGUUUCAAUAUAAUUGGAAGAUUCAGAUAUGUAUGCAGUCCAGGGUGCAAAAGAAAUCCAGGUUGGUUUCUGAAAAAUGUUGGCGUAAUUCCCCUGUAUCCCUGCUACUGUGGAUCCAUCAGCCAUGAUAUUUGCCAAGUUGAAGUUUCCCAUCCUCCUCAACUUAAAUAUGUGUGGCAAUUGGGAUUUAAAGGAUCUGGAGGUGAAAAAUAUGAAGUGGCUAUUGAUGCUUACUUCUUUCUCACUACAAACUGCCCUGAAGAUGCAAUCUAUGUAAAGAAAUCUGAAAACCUUAAUUAUGUAUGUUGCUUCCAGUAUAAAGAAACAAUGGAGAUGUGUGCAAGUGGAUGCAGUUGUUUGACCGAAGAAGAUAAUAAAGAAUAUUUUUGUCUAUGUAUUCCCAGAAGGCUCAACAAAAUGUAUCUGGAAAGUACAACUGAGUAUCAAGAUAGUGGGUGUCAACAUGAAGCUGUUUAUAAAGAUGACUUCAAUAUAUCUAGGUAUUUAUGCAUUUGA